AUGCCUAUCAAGGAUCUAGAGUCACGUCAAUCAGGAUUUACAUGCUUUUCCGGCCUUUUCCGCGGACGCACCCUCGAGGCUGGGCUUCCACCAGUCUACAUCAACAUCACCCCUAACCUGAACGUCUAUCGCAAUGUUGACGAUAUUCCUUGGACCAACGGAGGCAACGUUCGAAACCAUAGAUGGCGAUGGAGGGCGGGAAUUGUUGGUGGAGAUCCUACAGUCCAAGUCCAAGUGUAUGGUUACGUUGGUGCUCAUGUGGAGUUGCGUGCAACAGCUCCGCGAUCCGAUAAUCCUAGGCGUCCAGCAAUUGAAUUGACACCGAAUGAGAAUGUCAAUGGCGGUCAGGGUAAUGGCUGGGGAGAAGCUAUCACAGAUACGGUCAUCAUAUCUGCUGACCAAGUUUAG